AUGGCUUACUGUGGACCCGCUUGUGCUGUGCCAUCUUGCGCAUCCGCCCCAGUUGUUGGCUUCGGAUCAGCCGGUUCCAGGGGUCUUGGCUGGGGCCAAGGCUGGGGCCAGGGCUAUGGAGGUCUUGGUUAUGGUUUGGGCUACGGCUACGGAGCUGGUGCCUUGGCUGAAACCUCACGAAGCCUGGGCACUCUGGCUGGAGUGAACCCACAACCCAUCAACCAGGUCCCAGCAUCUGAGGUGGUCAUCCAGCCUCCUCCAGUUGUGGUCAUUCUCCCUGGUCCCAUCCUGUCCGCCAGCUGUGAGCCCGUCGCCGUUGGAGGCAACACACCCUGUGCCAUUGGAGGAGUUGGACGCAUCGGUGGCGGCUUCGGAGGCCGCCUGGGACGUUUUGGUCGCCGUGGAAGCAUCUGCGCUCUCCCCUGCAACCUCCCCUGUUAA